AUGGGGUUCUUUUCCAAGUUUAAGCUGCUAAGCUCGUUUCAAGCGGAGAAUUCGCCUGAAAGGAGGCUAAAGACGUUGGUAGUGGUUGCCGAUUUUUACGUGGAUAUCGAGGAGCCACAUAAGAUAUGGAAACCUGGAGAAUUUAUUGCUGGGGAGGUGGUGCUCUCACUGAAGAAGCCAUUAAAGAAUGUGAGUGUGAAUCUUGCUUUGGUUGGUAAGUUGAAGGUACGAAACGGGGCAGGCGCAACGUCUAGAUUGAAGUUAGAACGGGAGUUGUUUAAAAAGUCUACGGUUAUAUAUGGAGAUAUUGUAGAAAAGCCCACGGCAGUUGACGAUUUGAAUGGCCUUACUAGAGGAGAUCAUCGUUUCCCUUUCCGGAUGAUGAUUCCGAUGAAAAAUGUAUAUACGUCGAUAGAGUUUGAGAAGGGUUCAAUCUCCUAUAGUGUUGAAUGUACUCUUAAACCCCUUAUUGAUUCGUCGUGCUCUAUGUCAAAAUGCUCGAAAAGGUUUUCACUCUUGGUUCCCGUGGACGUGGGUCCUCUGCCGAAACCGACCACGAAGAUUGUUGUUCUACAAUCCCCCCAGAUGAUGAGGGGCCCAAGGCUUAGUAUGGCAGAACAAGAUACCUCUUCAUCUUUAACGAAGAAGACGAAUCCUUUGACCAUCUCCAAUGCAUCAGCUACCACAAAUACAUCGUCGAAGACUGUUACAAUAUCAGUGGAUAUAGCAGAAUCUGGCUUCACAAUCGGUGAUACCAUCAAGAUAAAGGUUCACAUACAGCAUUAUAAAGAUUAUUCGCAUUCCGCUGGCCUCAUUGCCACGUUGGUACGAAUCUGUCGCAUGCAUGGUGUUGGAAAAGAAGAUCCUAUGGAGACGUUCCGUAAAGAUAUCUGCCAGUGUGUUUCCCCACUUUAUAUAGACCCCAACACAUACGACUGUUUUGUGGUUAUGAAUCUAAAUGUUCCUCUCGAUGCAUUUCCAACCUUGGUUGUACCAGAUAGAGGGUUCAGUUUUCAAUACUAUAUCGAAGUUCUCGCAAAUCUAUCCCCCCGAAAUAUUGUGUACACCGAGUCUAAUAGAAUAGUUGGCGGAUCUAGCACUACGGAUAUACCAAUACCUUCAACGAAGGGCCAUAUAACCAAGAAAUUCAGCAUUAUUCCUCCUAAACUACCUAUUCCCAACAAAAAUGAAGCUGGAGCGUUGGACGAAUCCCUGAUUUUCUUUCAAGAUAUGAUCAAUGUUGAUAAACUCAAACGCUUAAGAAAUGUCACAGGUACUUCAAUAGAAAUUGUUAUAGGUACCCACAAAAGUGAUUGCCCACAAACUAAUACGCUAUCAAAACCUGCUGGUGAACUAAAAGAAGGCUCUUCAUCAGUUCCAUAUGAAGAUCCUCCUACAUCCUACAUCUCUUCCGUUUCGAAACCUGAAGACACGUACGAUAAACUCUGUCAACAAUAUUUUGGAGACUUAAUUAGUGAGCCAUCAUCAUCCAGGAAAAAACAAGUCGAUAAUCUAGAAGCCGACGUAUACCCCACUGACCCAGUGCCGAGAUACACAGCAAAUUCUGAAUAUCCUGUUACAGAAGACAAGAAUGAGUUAGAACAACUAAGGCUACAUGAGUUAGAAAGCGAUCCACCUCCCGAAAAUCCCUAG